AUGGCUCGUCGCUCCUCGCGCAUCGCACAGUCUGACACUCAGCCUGUGUACGAAAUGCCCGAGGACAUACAGCCUCUGCCUAACGAUCCCGAACCUCAAAUGCACGAGAUGGACGAAUCCCAGUCUCACGAGUCUCACUAUCAUUCUGAGCCUCAAUAUCAGUCUCACGCCUCCUACCCACCUUCCUCACCUCAAGUUCAGCCCGUUCAGUCCAUCGCGCCCGCGAUGGGAGACCCUCCUCUCGGUGCGGGGAUCGAGGUCAAGACCAAGUUCCCCGUCGCGCGCAUCAAGCGCAUCAUGCAGGCCGACGAGGAUGUGGGCAAGGUGGCCCAAGUGACCCCUAUCGCUGUGUCCAAGGCCCUCGAACUCUUCAUGAUCUCUCUCGUCACCAAGGCCGCUCAAGAAGCCAAGGACCGCAACUCAAAACGUGUCACCGCCUCCCACCUAAAACAAGCCGUCGCUAAAGACGAGGUGUUAGAUUUCCUCGCCGACAUCAUUGCCAAGGUUCCCGACCAACCCGCGGGCCGAAAGCAUGAGGACGACGGCAGCGACCAAAAUGAAGGUCGCCGGAAGCGUGGGGGGAGGCGACCCAAGGAGGAGAUCGAGGGUGGUGCGCUAAGGCGCGGCGAUCAACGCGAUAAACAAUGUCUCCACCCAACCCUCGACCCCGUCACUCUCGCAAGAUCAUGCUGUGAGAGAAUGGACUUCUGGUCUCGUCUGAUCGGCGGCUCACGCGCGCUGUCCAAGUCCAAAGUCACCUCCCCUACAGAACGAUUGACUGCUUUUAAGCGCGCCUGCAAUGCUCUCCAGCAAAUAUGGCGCUCUACCAAUACUCCUUCUGGCGAACAAUCGGUAGCACACGCGCGAGCUUAUAUCGAACGCCUCAACUCCAUCCUGAGUGAAGAAUCCCGCGGGCCCGCACCACACCCCUGUGUCGCCUAUGCAGCCUCUUCCCAAGUCUUUGUCACCGUCACCAAGCUCGCUCUUUCGUUCUACGAUGACGGUGUUCUUAGAUCGGCCACGAUCUUCUUCAAUACCCUGAUCGACGCAGAGGUGGACGGCGUCGUGGAUAACCGACUCUUCGCCCGAGCGCUGGUAGAUCUGGUCCGUCGUGCGGAGAAGCCUUCCGAUGAGAUUGAAAGUCGCCUUGUCGAAUUGCUCUUCGGAAUCGCAAACAACAUUCGUCUCCAGCCAGUUAUCCUACCCGCGUGGUUCGUACCUCGGGCGGCACCGGUUGCCCAGGAUAACGAGUCACAGGCCCCAAGCGGGACAGAAUUUGCAGGUGCCACCAGAAAGGAUGAGUUCCCACUAUUCUAUCUGUUGGUCGACUAUGUCCAUAGCGAGGGACGUGCCGGCGACUUUGCACGCACGGGAUUGCUCUACCUCAUCGAGACCGCGUCGCGCUCAAAGAACCUAGAGAAGUGGCUGAUUGAGAGUGAUCUGGCUACGCUCAUGGCUACCGGACUCGGUGCAUUGUACAGUCAACUCGGGCAUCUAUCGUUUACCCCUGACGAGAAUGUCCCUCACAUUGUUGUCUUAUCCGACCAUGCCAAACAAGAGACGGCAUUGCAGCCAACAUUAGGACAAGCGAUGGAAGCAUUCAUGUCAUAUUUGCUGUUCUGGCAGGACACUAUUGAUCACUGCAAGUCCGUUGAAGUGAACGACACUCUGCUGGACCACUUUCAGGUGCUGUUUUUAGAGCAAUUGCUAUACCCCUCAUUAUUAGAAUCAUCAGAUGUUGCUGGCGGAUCGACCGCAGCCGUAUUGACAUACAUGUGUCGCAUACUGGACUCCAUCGAUCAAGGCGAGCUGGUUCACCGGAUCUUGCAUUUCCUGCUAGCAUCGUCUCCUAGACCCGAGGAACAGAUGGACAUGUCGGCCAGUCGUCGAAAAUCACUCAAUGUGUUGGCCGCACUAGCCUCAGAGGCAGCCCAGCCAUCCCCUUCAUUGUUUAAUCUGCGUGACCUCUCCCUCCUAGGGCUUCAGUCUUCCAACCGUCAAACCGUACUGGCUACUUUACGCCUCCUGACUACCGUUCUUCAAAGGCACCACCCCUUUGCGCGGGCACUGAUCCAUACAGUUCCUUUCCAGCCUGCGCAGCAGCGUCCGGUUGGUGCCUUGAACUUCGAACUCGAGCAACUUUUGGCUAUGGGAACAUCUCUCGUUGAUGAUCCCACGCUGAACGAGUCUUAUGACAAUUAUGUUGCAGAUGCAACAUGGGUCCUAGAGUCCCGCUUGUGUCUACCCGUGCCUUCGAUGGAAGAAGACGAUGAAACCAUACAUCUACCUCUAGCAAUCCAGCAAGACGACCCCAUCGUGCAAGCCCUAUUGGGUUGCCUGGACUCCUUUUUCACAAACAGUGUCAUUGUCAACCUGGCGCUCACAGGCGUCUUCAUGAGCCUGGUGUCAUCUCAUCUCUUUUCCCUGGACGGAUGGGUGCUAGUUGACCCAAAUCAGUAUAAUACGCCGUCGUCUGAGACUGAUGGCAACAUGGAACACAUCAAUCGAGCUUACCAAACACCGACUUGGCCGGCCACAGCUUCUCCCACCUUGACCGCAAUGCUGCAAAAACUUGUGAACCAGAUUCACCAAUGGCAGCGUGAACUGCCCGACUUCAAUGUCCUAGUCGCUGCUCGGCGCGAACUCCUACACCAAGGCGAUCGUCCACAGACCCCCGACCAAUCCUCAGAGUCCCCCAAACCCUCGAAAGAGCGACCGCGGCCGGCCUUCCCCGGAUCACAAGACAUCGGUACACCGGUUUCCCGCGGUCGGUCCCCGUACCCACCCAACCCUAACGAGAUAAACAAUUUGGAUCGGGACGGAUCGUCUAACGCCCCGGGUGAUUCGCGCGAGUCAUCCAACGCCCGGACCGUUGUCGCCGAGGCUCUUCGUCAGCGCCUUGCCACGCCUUUCCCGCCUGCUUCCGCCGAUCCACCACCUCCCGAGGACGCCUCCAACUCGGAAGACACCACCGAUGCUCCGGUGGCCACUUUGGGCCAUGUACUGACUAACGUGGUGAUUCUUUAUGAAUUCAUUUUGGAGGUAUCGGCGGUGGUCCAAGUUCGAGGUAGUCUGUUUGAGGAAGCUGGAUUUAUCUAG